CCACAGCUGGACACCCUACGGGUUAGCUCAGUUCUGAAGCUACCGGCCCAAAAGACGGCCGUCCCCGACCCCCGCUUCCGACGCCUGCCUGGAGCCCACGUCGUCGCCCGCAGCCUGACCCCCCGCCACAGGGGGGUCCCCACGACGCGCCCAGGCUCGGCUCGUGUGCUUCCCGGCUCCGCGCUCAGGGCAACCCCCGUGUUCAGCGGCUCAUCUAGACUAUUGAGGACACCCCGAAGGACAGCGGGGGACAGCCGGGUGGAGAGACACGGGGGUCCGCGAGGGUCCCGAGAGAAGGAGCUGUGUCCCCGUGUAGUUGGGGUGUGCCGCCCUCCCCGUGGGGACGCCGGAACCCCGCGGGUUGUGGACUCUUGGGGCGGCUUCCUCGCGUUGCUGCGGCCCAGGAGGCGCUGCCUGCCCUCCUGGAGGACGAGCUUCCAAGCGCGGCUUGUCCUGGGGACCGGCCCCGGCCAGGAGCCGCCUCAUUGGGACAAGACGGUGCCGUCGCCCAUGACGCCGCGCGGGGGUGGGGGCUCCACGCCAGGAACCGGGCCAGGCGGACAGGCUCCAUGUCGCGUCACGGGUGACAAACCCCGGCGGAAAGUGUGGGGGGAGGUUGGGAGUCGCAAAAGGGAGCCUCUUUGGCCCGUCCGCAGACACCCUCAAGGCGACAGUCCCCGAAGGGGGUCCUGGGGUCGGAGGGCAGCACCCCUGCAGUCACUGAGGGCUGGGCCUCUGCGCGGGGCUCUGGGCUCUGCAGGACCGGCCUGCUCGGGUUGUGGAAACACAGAUGCACUGGAGCGCAGCGUGCGGCAGAGCCGCCGUGACGGCCCGAGCGGUGGCAGGCGUGGGGACCGGGACACUGCAGGCGUGGGGACCUGGGACGCUGCAGGCGUGGGGACCUGGGACGCUGCAGGCGUGGGGACCGGGACGCUGCAGGCCCAGACAAGAGCCAAGGACUGCAUGUUGUGGGUGUGGACGGGGCCGAGGGGCCGCCUCGGCCUGAGUACUUCUAGGUGCGAUCUUGAGGCUCCCGUAGGAGGUGACUUGUCCAAGUUUGCCCCGAUCGGCCGUCAGCAGAGACCUGACUGGAGGUUGGGUUCUGAAGCCUGUUGUGCACACCCACUGGCAAUACCGUCUGUGGAGUUCACACCUCUGUGAGCCAUGCUGCCCUCUUUACGGGUGUCAUCUCAAUUCUAGGGCUGCUUACCAGGGCGGCAGAGAAACGCAAGCACUAGCAGACAGGCAGUAAGAUUUAUUGCGAUCAAUUGGCUUUGGGGUGUAGCGGCUGCCUAGGAGUUCUGGGAACAAGGCGCGCUGUGGGGAGGGGAGGCCGAGGGGGGAGGCAGGAGCUCUCAGGCUCACGGUGACGCUGCCCUCCACUGGAGAACUUUUUCAGGGGACACUUCCAAGGGAUUCAAGCGGGCUUACCAGGUUGUCUAAGCCAUAGUCAUAAGAACAAGAAAACCAAAAGGCCCCUUAGUGUUUGAAAGUUGAACCUCGCUUUUCUAAAUAUCGAAUGGGUCAGAGGGAAUCGGAAUGAAAAUUCCCUACUUGGUCCACAUCAGGGCUUGCAGAGAAUGGUGCUGUGUCUGUGAAGAGCACGAGAAUAAAUCAGUCAGAGCUCUUUGUGCCCCCGCCCCACCUGGCAGGAUUGCCCUGUGGUCCCACCCAGCGGUCCUUUGUGGCCUUGAGCCUAGGGACUCAUUCUGGGACUCAGCUAUGGAAAUGUGGAAGCCGCACUCUAUACUUGCAGUUAUGAUCGUGCCACAGGUCCAAAAAUAACACAAUUUCAUGGUAAAAAAUGACGACACAAUAGCAGCUUCUUGAUCUUAAGUUUUUAGAAAUAUUGAUUCAGUAUGUUUUCUUCCAAAAAGAAAAAAAAAAAGAUGGACCCCAAUUAUUACAGAUCACUGAGCACGUGCUCUGGGCAGGCACCACAGUGAGUUGUUCAGGUAUUUCUCCCUUUUACACUUAUCUACGAUCUAGAUAUUAUUAGUCACAUUUUCUAGAUGGUUAGAUGGAAGCUCAGAAACAUGUAUAAGUCACACAUGAUUUUAUAAGUGCCAGAAACCAAAAUAGGGUCCCCAAAUGACUCUCAAUCCCUUGCUUAAUCCAUACCCGGUACUCCAUGUAUUUUCUUAUUUCUGCUCUGCCUGGUCCGGAAACAUAAGUACCAGGAUUUUCUGGUAUGGCAUACCAGAAUGAGUUCUGCCCACCUUUUCUACUGCUGGUGACUGUGACCAUCAAGAUGAUUGUCUGGGUAGAAGAUCUUACAAUAAGUUACUCAAAGAACCCUAGGAAUAGAAACAAAUGAUUUUUCUGAUGUUAAAGUCACUGAGAGGAAACAUCUUUUUUAAUUGAUUCAUGUUCUAGUAUCUUUGCUGUGUGCUGUUAAGACAGGUCUGAAAUAUAAUAGUAUUUAAAAGUAGUUAAGACCAUUUCCAUAACAUGAGCAAAUGCUAAUAGUAAAUGUUGCUAAAAGGUAACCAUAGCUACUACUUAUUUCCUAACCUUUGUAGUCUUUAUAUGUCAGCUAUGAUUUAUAUUAGUCAAAAUUUGCAGGGCCGGCUGAGUGGCACGUUGGUUAAGAGCUGGCUUGGGACUCCAGCUCUGAGCAGCAGGGCCCCAG